AAGAUAAAAGGAUGAAACGUAUAAAACAAACUUAAGAAUUAAGAGAAACGCGGAGGACAAGAACUAAGCAGAGCAUUUAUAUCACAGGAUUAAAAAAAAAAAAAAAGACUAAUCGGCCGCCAAGAGUCAGAAAUCUUGAAAAUCAAACGCCUAAUUAUCUAUUCUCCGAUUCAAAGACAUCUACUAGUCACAUAUUCACAGCUAAAAGCACAAAGAAUAAAAUUUGCAUUGACCUGUUAAAUCUGCCAAGCGCCCCCACUGUCUCUCUUCAAAAUCCAUAAGACCGUCCGCCGUUGGACGCCCCCAUCUUCCUAUCUUGCUUGUCGGCUUUUAAGUCUCUCUGACUCGUCCAAUCCACAUGCAUGGUCAUGGAGUAGCAUUUAAUUUUACAAGCUCUUGCAGAUUUUCUUAGCCUUGUUUCAAUCAAUAUGAUUUGGGUUACCUUCAUCUCUUCCAGUUUCUUCUCCCUCCUUCUAAUCCUUCGUUUCUUCCGCAAAACUUCCCUAGUAUACAUUCUUCAGAGAUGGUGGUAUACCCUUGAAAACCACCUCCAUGUUCACCAGUCCUUCAAAAUCCCACUCUACAACGAGCAUUACCAGGAAAAUCAACUGUACCAGAAAACUAUCACGUACCUAAACUCACUGCCUUCCGUAGAAGACUCUGAUUUCACUAAACUCUACUCUGGUUCCAAACCUAGUGAAAUUUUCCUUCAUCUAGGUGCUAACCACACGGUGGGCGACACUUUUCUCGGAGCCAGAGUUUCCUGGACAAAGGAAAAAACCGAAGGAGAUGUUAAUUCUGCACUGGUACUCAGAAUCAAGAAGAAAGACAAACGCAGAAUUUUCCGUCAGUACUUCCAGCACAUCCUCACGGUGGCGGAUGAAAUCGAACAGAAGAGAAAAGAGAUUAAAUUAUGCGUGAACUCUGGAAGUGACGAGAACUCGCGGUGGCGAACGGUUCCAUUCACCCACCCGGCGAGCUUCAACACGGUGGUGAUGGAUGCCGAGCUGAAGAACAAGGUCAAAUCCGAUCUCGAAUUGUUUCUCAAGUCCAAGCACUACUAUAAUCGGUUGGGCCGUGUUUGGAAACGAAGCUACCUUCUCUACGGGGCGUCAGGGACGGGAAAAUCUAGUUUCAUCGCGGCAAUGGCAAGGUUCCUGUGUUACGACGUAUACGAUAUUGAUAUCUCCAAAGUCUCGGACGACUCCGAUUUGAAGAUGCUAUUGCUGCAAACAACGAGUAAAUCGGUGAUUGUCAUCGAAGCACUCGAUAGAUUCCUUGCAUUGAAAUCAAAAGCUGUGAGUCUAUCAGGUAUUUUAAACUUCAUGGACGGAAUUAUAUCGUGCUGUGGGGAGGAGCGGGUGAUGGUGUUUACGAUGAACGAGAAAGUUGAAAUCGAUCCGGCGGUGCUUAGGCCAGGAAGGAUUGACGUUCACAUACACUUCCCCUUAUGCGAUUUCUCCGCCUUCAGGGUUUUGGCCAGUAGUUAUUUGGGGGUGAAGGAUCACAAGCUUUUUCCUCAGGUGCAAGAGGUUUUCCAAGCCGGCGCCAGGAUGAGCCCGGCCGAGAUCGGUGAGAUCAUGAUCUCGAACCGGAGUUCACCCAGCAGAGCCUUGAAAACCGUCAUCACGGCCCUCCAAAGGAACGGCGGCGAUGAGAGGAGGGGACAGAGGUCGGGUGACGGCGGUUCAUGCCGGAAUAGCGGGGAAUUGGUACCCAACGGAGGAGCAUGUCAGGAGAGUGUUCACACGAUGAGGGAGUUCCGAAAUCUCUAUGGGCUUUUGCGUAUAGGAAGUAGGAGAAAAGACGAUCAUUCUGGGCCCAUAGAGAAAGAAGGCCCACGGAUCUGAGCAUAGGACCACAGAGAGAAAGGUUUGGUUAAUCAGUUCGGAGUUAUUGGGUUGGGCGUCUGUACAUUGUUUUCCAUAAUCUCAUUUGAUGAUAUGUCUUUUUUAUGA